GAAGAAUUGUUGCUAUCAGGGGGACAAACAAAUCAGACAGAAUACUGAAUCCCUUCACGAGGCCCUGCUUCUCCCGCAUAGGAUUGAUUCUAAAGAAAAUGAAUUCUUUUGUUGUACUCUGUAUUAUUGCGCUGGCAAGUUAUUCAGCCAGUGAGCUGGUGAUAGAGCCUGCAUUGAAUGAGUUGGCAGUGGCUGUAGGAAGUAAACAAACUCUGACCUGCUCUGAUACUUCUACUGACCCAUCAGCCAGACCCUAUUGGUCUCGCAGGAGUACUUCUUUCCAAAUAUUUACAGAGACUGAACACGUGGGAGACCAGUACACCUUGAUGACCAUAUUAAAGACUAACAGUUUUGAAGUAUCUGAUUCUGGAACUUACACUUGCAAUGCUGGAUCAGUAAAACAGAAUAUUGACCUGUUUGCUGUUAAAGAAAUGAAAACUGAGGAUCGCUUUUUCUAUGGGAACAAAACAACAACGCUAGCUUGCGCCAUUGAAAUUGAGAACCCAUCCAGGGUGAAUGUUGUCUUUAAGGAUUGGAUCUUCCAUAAUAAGUCUUUGUAUGAGAGUGAAGACAAACGCUACAAGCUGGAGAAGGGAAACUCAACUCUCAUUAUAGAAAAGCCAACUCGAAAGGAUGCAGGACAGUACAUAGCACGUUUUGAACUUAGCCUACCUAGUGGCAAGCAGGAUUAUGAUUGUCUUGUGGAAUACACAGCCAGCCCCUUGGUUCUAAACCUGGUGAGGUCAAUCAACCUGGAGCUUGGGGACAGGCUACAAGUUCACUGUGAGGUCAAAGGUUACCCACCCGUCCCUGUCAUCUGGCAGAGAAACAAAAUUGACCUGGUGGGAAAUGACCGCAUUCAGUUUGAGGCCCACAACGACUUCCCUGAUGCCACUAUAAUCAUCACUUCCUUGGAAUAUGAAGAUGAAGGCACAUACACCUGUAUAGCAAACUCCACUGAAUUUAUGGAAUCAUCAUCCAAGUCUCUGGAGAUCAGGGUCAAGAAUCCCAUUGCGUGGGUCUGGCCUCUGAUUGGCAUUGUGGCUGAGAUUGUGGUCCUGGCGCUACUCAUCUUCAUCUGUACCAAAAUACAAAAGAAUAGAAGAGACAAGUCGGAGAAACAGUCCUAA